AUGGAUAUGAACGCAUGUGACAAAGAUAUUCCUUAUUUUGUAUUUGGAGGAUAUGCAGAAAUGUUUUCAAUCUUAGCGAAGGAUCAAAGCUACACUAAAGAGAUCAUUUUAAGCCAGAUGGACCCAUCUAUUGCUAGUCAGUAUUGCUCAUGAGAAGCACAAGCUUCUAAGAAGGAUAUACCUAUUCUUCCAUCUCUGAAUGAAAUCAAUUUUCUCGAUCAGAAUAGAACUGACAAAUUCCAGCUCUUCAAUUCUGGUAACACUAGAAAAAUUAUCAAAGACAUGGAUAAGACCUUCGAUAUGGAUAAGUCAGAGAAUUUGAUAGCCAAAGCCUUAGAGAACCACACAGACUCCCAAAAAGAGGGAAUCAAGACUGGUAAUAAUUUUAUUACUUAUUAUGAAGUUAUGAUCAACUUACUCUCUUUGUUAACUCAUAAAUACUUAGAUAAUGAAGGCAAUCCAAUGUACUUAAUCAGAAAGCUGAAGAGAGUAAUCAAGAAGACGCAGGCUCAGUAUCAUUAUGACUGCAUGAUGGAGAGUUGCAAGAGAACAUUCAAUAGUUUUUCUGAUUUGAAAACUCACAUCGUCCUUCAUGAUAAGUUUAGGCCAUUUAAAUGCCCAUACUGCCCUAAAUGCUAUACCCAAAAAGGAAACAUGAUUAAGCAUAAGAGAAGCCAUUUCAAUCCAAGCCUAAACAGCAGAAGAAGAUUCACCUGCGAGUUCUGCCACAAAAGAUACACUGAGAAGUAUAACCUCAAGACUCAUCAACAGAAGUUCCACCCGAUGGAGUAUCAGCAGAGAUAUGGCUUCAGAGGCUUCUUUGCCUAAUAAUUUCUUCAUAAAUAUUG